GGUUGCUGUUAAUGUUUGUUAAGCUUUUAAGGUUACCCAACGGCGUGAAGUUACGCAUAGGUGUUUUUUUUUUUUUUUUGCAAGCAAUUGCUGGCUUCUGCUGUUUGUGUAAAACGACGCUGUUUUAGACUAACAGCAUUUAUGCGGUAGUGUAAACUCACUGAUAAGUGAUAGAGUCCCUCAUCAUAUGUUCAGAAAUCAUAACCGAAGGACGGUCAGGGUUUAUGCUAGGGUAACAGGGUUUUAGGCUCAGAGAGCAAGAGAAUGACUUGCAAGUUGCAAACUUUUUACGCCACAAGAGAGCUUCUCGUUCUCGUAUCAUCUCUCAUCUCUCAGAGGUAUUAGGCCAUUUAAUGAACUGGGUUUUAGGCAUUCUAUGUUUUUAAGUUUCUGUUUACCCAAAAGAAGUACUCUCAUAAGCCGGGCUUUUCACGUCGGUAAGCAGUUCUCAAAUCCAAAUACCGAAGACAUUUUCUUUAGGGCAAUUUGUGUUAAUUUAAAGCAGAGGAGAUGGAAACUCUUGGAGCAAAUGUCGCCGAGUCUUACCAAUUCAUUAGUAUGCCGUGUCAUUCACGAAUUUCGGGACUUGUCACAGUUAGCUUUAGAGUUUUACAAUUGGGUUGGAGAGAAGAAGAGAUUUUCACACUCAUUGGAAUCUUGUUGCACUGUAAUUGAGUUGUUGGUCAACUCAAGGAGAUUUGAUGAUGCCUUGGCUAUUAUGGGGAACUUAAUGUGUGAAAGUGGUGUGCCUCCGUUGGAGGUUUUGGAAGGGUUGAUUAAUAGUUAUGAAGGAUGUGAUUCAAGUCCGGCGGUGUUUGAUGCAUUGGUAAGGGCUUGUACUCAGUUCGGGGCCACUGAUGGUGCUUAUGAAGUGAUCAUGAAGCUGAGAAUGGAGGGGGUUUGGGUUACAAUUCACGCUUGGAAUAACUUUUUGGGUCACCUUUUGAAGUUGAAUGAGAUUGAUAGAUUUUGGAAGGUGUAUAAGGAAAUUAUUUCAUAUGGGUAUAUUGAAAAUGUGAAUACUUUCAAUUUGGUUGUUCAUGCUCUUUGUAAGGAAUGUAGAUUACUUGAGGCAAUCUCAGUAUUCUACCGGAUGUUGAAGAACAAAAUUUGGCCUAAUAUUGUUACUUUUAACAUGAUCAUAGAUGGAGCUUGCAAGAUGGGUGACUUGGAACUUUCCUUGAAGCUUGUGAGGAAGAUGGGAGUGAUGUCAGGGGGGUGCGUACAGCCCAAUUCAGUAACUUACAAUUGUGUCAUUAAUGGGUUUUGCAAGAUUGGGAGUGUAGCAUUGGCAGAAGAAUUCCGUAAUGAAAUGACUAAGGUGGGUAUUGAGUCGAAUGAGAGGACCUAUGCAACUUUGAUGGAUGGGUAUGCAAGAGGAGGGAGUUUGGAUGAGGCUUUUAAGUUGUGUAAUGAAAUGGUGGAGAGGGGCUUGAUUCCUAAUUCUGUUGUUUACAAUACAGUCAUCCAUUGGCUGUACAAGGAAGGAGAUAUGGAGGGAGCUUCUUUUCUAUUGUCUGACAUGAUUGAUAAGCGUAUAUGCCCUGAUCAAUUUACCUACUCAAUCCUCGCAAAGGGGCUUUGCAGAAAUGGAUAUGUGACUGAAGCUCUCAAACUUAAUAACCAGAUUAUGGAGAAGAACCUCAUUGCAGAUGCUUUUACUCACAAUAUUCUCAUCAAUUAUAUGUGCAGAAACAAAAAUUUAGCAGGAGCUAAGCAACUGUUGGGCAGUAUGUUUGUUCACGGUUUAAUGCCUGAUCUUGUUACCUACGGUAGCUUGAUUGAUGGGCACUGCAAGGAAGGGAAUGUAGAGGGUGCAGUUCAGGUUUAUGACGGAAUGAUAAAGGUGGAAGAAAAACCAAACUUGGUAAUAUACAAUUCUGUUAUAAAUGGAUUAUGCAAAGAGGCAUCAAUGGAUGUUGCGAAACUUUUGAUAGAUGUUUUACGAAGGAUUGGUGUACUUGAUGUCAUAACCUAUAAUACUUUGAUAAAUGGCUAUUGCCUCAGUGGAAAGACUGAUGAGGCAUUUGCGUUGUUUUCGGAAAUGAGGGAGGUGGGGAUUUUAGAAAACAGAGUCACUUACAAUACAUUAAUCAACUUCUUGUGCAAGUUUGGGUAUUUUGAACAAGCAAAAGACCUUAGGAAGAUGAUGGUUCUACGUGGAAUUGUUCCUGAUUUCAUAACAUAUACAACUCUUGUCACCCAUUUCAGUAAGUGUCGCAGUACAGAGGAGGUGAUUGAAUUGCAUGAUGAGAUGAUGCUUGAGGGAGUGAUCCCUGAUGGACAAACAUAUAAGGCCAUUGUUAGACCACUUCUUCUGGAAGAGAAUGCGUAGACUUGAGAGAAAUAGAGAGGAAGAUUAACCCUCAGCUUUAUUGCUUCCCAACCUCAGUUCGUGGGAAGAAAAGAAGAUUACUCAUCUCUUUGGCUAAAGGUCGGUGGAACAUAUUUUCAAUACUCAUGUUUCUCAAAGUUCCACUGAUGAUAAAGAUCUUCUGGAUCCCGAACGGUAAAGGAAGUUUUAUGGUUAAAUCGGCCUACAAUCUCCUUCUCCAAGAGAGUCCCUCCCCUAAUGUUCCUCUUGCUCCAAAGUUCGGGAUAAGUUGUGAGAGGCAAAGAUUCAUGACAGACUUAAGCUUCUAAUCUGAAAGAUAGCAUGGAAAACCCUCUUUGUCAAUGCUAAAUUGAGGGAAGUCAAAGCUAAAUUGGGGGAAGUCAUUAGAAGAGCUUUUGUGCCCUCUUUGCCGUUCAAAGAUUGAAACUGUGGAACAUUGUUUUUGAA